UGUGAAGCUCUGGCCUCAGUUCUCAUCUCAAACUCUUCACACCUGAGAGAGUUAGACCUGAGAGACAAUGACCUGCAGGAUUCAGGAGUGAAGAUACUCUCUGCUGGACUGAGGAACAAACACUGUAACCUGGACACACUGAGACAGUCUAACUGUGGUAUCAGAGAGGAAUGCUGUGCUUCUCUGACUUCAGCUCUGCUUUCGAACCCCUGUUCACACCUGAGAGAACUGGAUCUGAGCUACAAUCACCCAGGAGACUCAGGAGUGAAAUUGCUCUCUGAUCCACUGGAGAAUCCACACUGUAAACUGGAGACAGUGCAUGUGGAUCAUGGUGGACAAUGCAAGAUCAGACCAGGACCAAGGAAAUACUUCUGCCAGCUCACACUGGACCCCAACACAGCAAACACACACCUGUACCUGUCUGAGGACAACAGGAUGGUGGCAUGGAGUGGAAAGGAACAGAAACAUCCUGAUCAUCCAGACAGAUUUGACUGUUUUAGACAAGUUGUGUGUGUAGAGAGUGUGUCUGGUCGCUGUUACUGGGAAGUUCAGUGGACUGGAAAUGGGGCUGAAAUAGGAGUGACUUAUAAAGGAAUCGGGAGGAAAGGAGGCAGUGAUGACUGUCGGCUUCGAAACAAUAAUAAGUCCUGGGUUCUGUUCUGUACUGAGAAGAGUUAUUACGUCAGUCACAACAACAUACACUCUGCCACAGCUGUACCCCCCUCAUGCAGAGUAGGAGUGUAUGUGGACUGUAUGUCCGGCGCUCUGUCCUCCUACAGUGUCUUCUCUGGUGAACUGACCCUCCUGUACAGGUUCACCUCCACAUUCACUGAGCCCCUCUGUCCUGCAUUUUGGGUUUAUAGUUAUUCCUCAGUGUCCCUGUGUAAACUGGAAUAG